UCAAGUGUACAGAUAUAUUUUCCGGACUCUCAUGCCAUGUCGGAUCCGUAUGACGUGAAGCCUGGAAAGCAAGGACCAGCGGGGGGAAAUGUCAACAAGGCUGCUCCUCCCAGACCCAUUGGCUAUGCCAGACGGUGGGACCAUGGCAAACCAUUGGACGACCCCGUCUACAAGACAAAGACCAUACCAGCAGCGCUGCUUCCAGUCUUCCCCCAGGACUGGAGGUCUGCCGGACGCGCGCUGCUAUGCCUGGGCAUGGCUGCUAUUGAGGGCUUCCGAUUGAGGUCCAAGGGUGCAGUGCUGAAAUGGCAAAAGGCUGGCUUUUGCAGCAGACUUUGCUCUGAGCAGUGCGCCAAGCAUCCCAACAGGCUCUUUUGUGCUUGGAGAGCACAAUCUACUGUUCAUGAGCAUCACAAUCGCUUGGACGGCUUACUCCUAAGUUACAAGGGAGUCGUGCAGUACGACGAUCCAAAGAAGCCAGUGUUCCGCGUCAUGAACAAAGUUGCGACAAAGAACAAGUUCAGGUCUGAAAGGAUGAUGUGGGAUUCUGUGCGGGGCAAGUACCACUUUGUUGACAGGGAGCCAAUACACCCCAGCUUUGGAAUCAGACCAGACCGUGAUGAGUCAAACUACGCACCUGAUGAAGAAACGUAUGAUUCUGACAGUGACCUUGAAGCAUCUUCCGCAGUGCGGCUGGCAUGAUUCAGCCACCUUCAGGCAUUUUCCAUGCCUGCUGCACAUUGCAUGCAGUGCCAAUCCAGGAUGAAGAUUCUGAUGGGGACGGUCUUGCUUAGGAAGCCCAAAGCGAACUCCUGGGAAAUAUUGUCAAAUUAUGCGGCUUAAA